AUGCAAAAGCCGCGUCGCCUGGCAGCGCCUGGGGUGUCGAUGGAAGCGAGCGAGAAGCGGCGAGAAGCGGCGAGAAGCGGCGAGAAGCGGCGAGAUGAUGAGGGGGUCCAAGAGGCAGGGAAGAGCAGGGUCGCCGAUGGGCUGUUGCGAGCCGAAGGGCUGGUUGAUGUGGUGGAUGUGGUGGAUGUGGUGGAUCUGGUCGAGGUGGGAGGAGACGACUUGGUGUAG